CGCGAUUUCUCUCAGGGUCGUCGAAGAAGCUCACUGAGCAUCUUCCUGUCGAGGCACAACGUCAAUGCACCGCCAGAUGGCUUGCUGGACGUGCACUACGAGAUGGAGCUGGUCCAUAUUCUGGGCAUAGACGAGCUGAAACAGACGAUGACCGUGCUCGUCUAUGUCGACGAGAUAGCCAGCUGGACAUACGGUAAGGACAAAAUUCGUCUGCGAGCUCACACUGAGCACUCACUGCAGCACUACACGGAUAAUGAGGAAUGGCGUCUGUUGAAGGUCACGGUAAUCGAGGACGAAUAUGAGCACGAAGGCAUUAAUGUUUCGGAACUACGCUACGAUGUGUCAGUGAAGCGCCGUCCUCUGUUCUACAUGGUCACCCUGACGUUUCCCAGCUAUGUGAUGUGCGCGAUCUCAGUCGUCGGCCUCUUUGCCAGGUUCUCCACCACCGGCGAGCGAGAG